AUGAAAGUUUCAAUCUUUGCUAUUGCAGUUGCCACAGCUACCUUGGCGUUACCCGCACCUAAGUAUGUUGAAGCGGAUCAACAAAAGGACUCCAAGAUAGACAAAGCUGGCAAACGUCAUAAACCACUGAAAACACCAGACCCUCCCAUAAAGCCAUCAAUAGUAAUAGUCGAACCACAACCGUCUUACGAACUAUACCCUCAAAAAUCAACGCCAUCAUCUCCAAAUUUAACGCCAAAACCUAAAAAAUCAAAUUAUAAUUGGCAUCCUGGUAAAGUGGUUGAUCGAAAUAAUCCUCCUCCACCAGAUAGACCUGAACGUCGACAUUCACAUCAACCAAUAUCUUGUGUUGAUCAACCAGAACGUGAAAGGCGACAUUCAUAUAGUCCUGCACAGCCUCCACGGCCUGAUUCUCCAACAAUUCCAACUGUUGAUUUUGAUGAUAAUGGAGAAGGAAAGGAUAAUUUGAAUAAAAUACUAAAGACUAGGA